UUAAAUAAUGAUGAGUAUGACGUUACAUGGGGUGGGAAAAGAUCUAGGUACCUGUAUACUUAUAAAUUACAGUCACCACUGCCACAAACAACUGCUGAUACAAGCGAAUCAGAGACUGAUAGUGUUCAAACCACUAGGACAAAAUCAACAGUUGAAGUCAUCAGUCAAAAAGAUACAUCUACUGAAAGUUGUUCAAGUAACUGUAGUUGUAAAAAUUCUAAAAAUACUGAUGGAGCUGAAGAGUUUGAAGAAUUUGAAGUCAGAAGUUCAUCAUCAUGCCAUAAUAUUCAUUUUAAUUCUUCAGACUCUUCAACAAUACUAACAAAUGAGGCUUCACAGAACAUUAUAAUCUGCAGUGACACAUUACCUGAUAUUGACAAUGGACACAAUGAAGAUUAACCAAAUAUCUACACUGACUACAAAUUUGCCACCUCCUGCUUGUUUCAAAAAAUGCCUACAGUGUAGCAAAGAAAAUCCAAAUCCAUAUUUUCAAUUUUGUUUUACAUGUUUCAAACAUCGUAUGGAAUUUUUUGGAAAAAAACCAGAGCCAAAAAGGAUUACGAAUUUGAAUAUUUUUUUAAAUAAAAAAGUCGGAAGUUUAAUUAAAGAGAGGAAUUCCCAGAAAUCAGAUUUAAAAGAAAUUGAAUCAAAUAAUGAUGAUGUAAAAAAUAAAGAUAAUUUAUGCAUUAUUUGUUUUUUUAACACAAGAAAUGGAAUUAUAAACCAUGGGAAAAUUGGACACAUUAUAACUUGUUAUUCUUGUGCAAAACGCUUAUGGAGUACAUCCAAUAAAUGUCCACUCUGUAACGUCAGAAUUAAAUGUGUGACAAAAAUGAUUGUCGUCUAA